CGGUCCGUUAGCUUGCUAGCUGUUAGCCGUCAGGCCACAAGGACGGUCCUCAAUCUGAGCCAGCGCUGUUGUUCUUGUCACGGAGAGGCUGCAGGUCCCGCCAUGCGGAGCGCGUAUCUCCUCAUCCCCGCCCUCCUGGUCCUCCUGGCCAUCCCCGUCUCCAGGGGACGCUACAACGACGACUUCGACGACGAGGACCUGGCGGACUUCGACGACAACGACUUCGCUGAGUUUGAGGACAUGAACGACGACCAGGCGGCCGAGGCGGAGACGGCGCCCCCGCCUCGCGCCUCAAUGUCGUCGCAGCCGGACGAAGACGAGGACGAGGAUGAAGCCACUGUUGAGCUCGAGGACGGUCAGGAUGGCUUCGAAGACUCAGAGACACAGGAUCAAGACAUGUUCAGCAAAUAUGACCGAGAGUUUGAGGGGAUUGGAGACAUGGAGAAAACCAGCCACUCCAUGAAGGACCACCUUAUAAUCCACACGGUUCCAGCACAUCUGCAGAACAGCUGGGAAAGCUACUACAUGGAGAUCCUGAUGGUGACCGGCCUGCUGGCCUACAUCAUGAACUACAUCAUCGGCAAGAACAAGAACAGCCGCCUGGCGCACGCCUGGUUCAACUCCCACCGGGAGCUGCUGGAGAGCAACUUCGCCCUCGUGGGUGACGACGGCACCAGUAAAGAAGCCGUGAGCACCGGGAAGCUGAACCAGGAGAACGAGCACAUCUACAACCUGUGGUGCUCCGGGCGGGUUUGCUGCGAAGGCAUGCUGAUCCAGCUCAAGGUAUCCACCCAGGACCUGCUGAACGUUCUGGCCAGGAUGAUGCGGCCCGCCUGCGAUCAAGUGCAAAUCAAAGUGACCCUGAACGACGAGGACAUGGACACGUUUGUGUUCGCCGUGGGCACGAAGAAGGCCAUGGCCCGGCUGCAGAAGGAGAUGCAGGACCUGAGCGAGUUCUGCGGCGACAAGCCAAAGUCUGGGGCCAAGUAUGGACUCCCCGACUCCCUGGCUAUUCUGAGCGAGAUGGGCGAGGUCACGGACGGUGUGAUGGACAACAAGAUGGUACAUUAUAUCACCAACCAUGCCGACAAGAUCGAGUCCAUCCAUUUCUCGGACCAAUUUUCUGGUCCAAAAGUUAUGCAAGAGGAGGGUCAACCCUUAAAGCUGCCUGAGACCAAGAAGACUCUGCUGUUUACAUUUAACGUGCCUGGCAUGGGCAACACGUCUCCCAAAGACAUGGACAGUCUGCUUCCUCUCAUGAACAUGGUGAUCUACAGUGUCGACAAAGUGAAGAAGCUCCGCCUCAACCGAGAGGGCAAACAGAAGGCUGACAGGAACCGAGCCCGGGUGGAGGAGAACUUCCUGAAGCAGACCCACGCUCAGCGUCAGGAGGCGGCUCAGACCCGCCGCGAGGAGAAGAAGAGGGCCGAGAAGGAGAGGAUCAUGAAUGAGGAAGACCCGGAGAGGCAGCGCCGCCUGGAGGAAGCAGCUCAGCGGCGCGAGCAGAAGAAGAUCGAGAAGAAGCAGAUGAAGAUGAAGCAGAUCAAAGUCAAAGCCAUGUGAGCGAUCACCACGGCGAUGGGGGGGCGAGCGAGCCGCCCUCUCCUGCUGCGUCAGGCUCCGCCCUUCGUCACUCCGCCUGCUCCAUCUCACGCCACGACUCGCCACGAUCAAGUGAACUGUCUGUCGAAUCAGAACACGUUUUCUUCAUCAGAUCCGUCACUUGUUUUGUUUCUUUUUUUUUUUACCCCUCGCAGGCAGUUUCUGUUCAUUAGAGCAAACCUAAUAAAAUGCACUGGAGUCUGUUGGGAAAACUG